AUGCUGUUUUGGUGUCUUUGUUUUGUAGCAUUUGUCGCCUUCAUGCUCUCCUGUGUGGUAUCUGCCUCAGCUGCACGUCUCUCUAUCCGAUUUUGGUCUGCUAUUUGCGCAGUACUGGCUACAACAGCUGUGCAAAAGCUCAGCUUGUUGCAACUUGUAUUGAUUCUCUUACAAAGGAAGCACUCUAUCUGUGCAAACGUUGUAGAAUUUCUCCUAGGAGCUAGCGAUUGGGCACAUAGUGUUCUGGCACUAGUGGCGGCUUGGACCGGUCAGAGCAAGAUCGUGCCUGCAUCUCUUGUGGGCGCUAUCGCCGUGAAUCAUCUCGUUCUUAUUGGAGUGUGCUUCGUCAACGGUGUUCAAAACAACAACGAAACCAGAUACCCAUUUAUGAUGGCAGCAAUACAUGCUCGGUUAUUACCCGCCGUUUUGGCUACAUUAGUUUGCGCUGGCUCUGCUAACGCGUGGCCAGGAGUAUCUGACGAACGUAUAUUGAGAGUGUAUUGCGUCACGUCGGCAAUACUUCUGCUCGUCUUUGCAGUUCAUAUCAUUCACGUUUGUACAUUGAAUUCUUGGAUUGUGCAGGCCGCGGAUCCUCUGCUCAGGCUUAGUGACUGCAAUAAUCGUGACCACUAUGCAUCAAGAGUUAGCGAAAAGACCGAUGCCGCAGGAGUGUCUCAGCUUCGGCAUGAAAGGCAAAAGUGGCUGUAUGAUUGCGGGGCAGAUCCAGAAAUGCCUGGGUCAAAUCAUGGUCAACACCAAUUUUGGGAUACCGUUCUGGUGAUCGCACUACUGUUGGUAUCAUGUGGUGCAAGCUUUGGCUCUUGUGUUCAGUUGCUCAGCUCACUGGCGCCUGAUGGAAUAGCUAGUUUUCAAUCAUCGUUGCACGUGGGCUACGUUUUUUUUCCAAUCUCGACUUGUGCUGCUGGGGUAGUUGCAGUGCAGCUGCAUGGCAAUCAGCGUAGGUCUGGUUGGUGUUCCGACUCGAUCUUGUAUAGUGCCGUCAUUUCAGUCUUUCGGCUAAUUUGUUUCGUCUUGCCCACUUUCGUUCUCACCAGGUGGGCUACUGCUUCUCUGGAGAGCAUUGAGUUUCUGUACGGAUACCAAGUCGGGCUACUGGCCAUCGCCGUACUUGUCCCCGUGUACGCUAUGCAGAACGAUGCAGACAACUGGUACGUUACCAGUGACCUAGCUAUGUUCCAGCUAAUUUGUUUCCAGGCCUACAGGAAUAGUUCUGCUUUCGUUUUACGUAAUCUAUAUGCUCUAUGUCUGGUAGAUUCUAGGGCCGAUGACGUGAACAAAUGA